UUUGAAAAUGAACAGUGUGGUAAAAUAAAAAUUCAAUUUUUCUUAUGAAAAUUUGCAAGUAUGUGGAAGAGAAAAAUUCCGUCGCUCGUAAAGAGUACCUUUGCCAUUGAACCAGUAUUAUUGUCCAGAAAAACUUUCGUAAACAAUGUAGUACUAAGAAAAUGUAACCAUAAAAAGUUCACACAAACAUGUUCCAGAGUAUUUUCCACAGAAAGUCAUCAAACCAGACAAAUUCCAAUUGACAAUGGAAUAGUACAAGAAAGUAGCUCUUUUACUUAUAGGACACACACUUGUGGUGAGCUUCGACCGAUUAAUGAGGGUGAAAAAGUAACCUUAUGUGGAUGGGUGCAAUUUGCUCGACUUUCCAAAUUUUUACUUUUGCGAGAUUCGUAUGGCCUCACACAAUGUGUAGUUAAUGAUUCGUUAAUAGAUAUAUCUAGUAUUCCACUCGAAACGAUUAUUAAAGUUGAAGGAACAGUGAUUACUCGACCAAAAGAUAUGAUUAAUCAUGAAAUGACUACUGGAGCGAUAGAGGUUGUCAUUGAGCGUCUAGAGGUAUUGAAUAAUGUUGAGAAAUUACCAUUUAAUUUACGCAAUUAUCAGAAACCUAAAGAACAACUGAGGCUUCAAUACCGAUUUGUAGAUUUAAGAUUUCCCGAAAUGCAAUAUAAUUUACGUCAACGAUCUCAAAUGCUUCACAAUAUGCGCAGGUUUCUUAUUGAGAAACACAAUUUUUGUGAGGUUGAGACGCCGACAUUAUUUUGUCGAACUCCAGGAGGUGCGAGAGAGUUUGUAGUGCCUACACAUCAUUCUGGACUGUUCUAUUCCCUAGUACAAAGUCCACAGCAGUUUAAACAAAUGCUAAUGUCUGGUGGAGUUGAUAGAUACUUCCAAAUAGCUAGAUGUUACAGAGAUGAAGCCACUCGACCUGAUCGGCAGCCAGAAUUUACUCAAUUGGAUAUAGAAUUGUCAUUCACAAAUUUAAAUGGAAUUUUGUCUAUGAUUGAGAACCUAAUGUAUGAAACAUUCAUAAAAGAUUUACCAAAACCUCCAUUUCCAAGAAUGACUUAUAAAAAUGCUAUUGAAAACUAUGGAAGUGAUAAACCAGAUUUAACUUAUGAUUUAAAACUAAAGAAUGUUACUGAUUUGUUUGGUGAAAUAUCAGAAUCAGCAUAUGCUAUAUCUUAUUCUAGUAAAUUAGGUAAAUUAACCACUAAAUACAAGGAUCAAAUAAAAGAGAUUAGAAAGAAAUAUAAUGUUAAAGUUUUAUUUGAAGAAAAUUUGCAAAAGGAAUUUGGGACAGAUGUUAGCAACAAUAUAAGAAAUGUAAUAAAUUCAAGUGUAACAUACAUAAUAGCACUAGGUGAGAGUGAAAAUGCUUGCUUAUGUUUAGGUGAAAUUCGUCAAUUACUAGCAACAUUAUUAAAAUCAAGAGAUUUGUUAGUUGUCGACAACACAAUGAAACCUCUAUGGGUGGUUGAUUUUCCUCUAUUUCAAAAGGGAGAAAAUGGUCUAGAAACCUGUCAUCAUCCAUUCACAGCUCCUCAUCCAGAUGACUUACAUUUGUUAGAGACGGAGUCUUUGAAAGUCAGGUCACUAGCAUAUGAUUUAGUUCUAAACGGCAACGAAGUUGGUGGCGGCUCUAUCAGAAUACACAAUGCUGGUUUACAAGAGAAAGUACUGAAGAUACUCAACAUUGAUUCUAGUUCUUUACAACACUUUUUAGAUGCGCUAAAGAGUGGUUGUCCGCCCCACGGAGGUAUAGCGUUAGGUAUUGAUAGAUUAGUGUCUAUAGGAUGUAAUGCUGAAUCAAUUAGGGAUGUUAUUGCUUUUCCAAAGAGCCACGAGGGAAAAGACCCCUUAUCGGGUGCGCCUAAUACAAUAAGUGAAGAUGACAAAAAUUAUUAUCAUAUAAAUAUUGUUGAAUAAUGUAAAUAAAUAUGUUUUAUUAA